AUGACCAUACUCCUGUUAUCAAGGACUUUCUUGAUCACAGCCACACAUGAUCGUGUUUUCAAGGACACCAAUGGUCACAUCCCUGUUAUCAAGGAUUCUCAUGGUCAUACUCCUGAUUUCAAGGAUACCAAUAAUCAUACUCCUGUUUUCAAGGAUACCAAUGAUCAUACUCCUGUUUUCAAGGAUACCAAUAAUCAUACUCCUGUUUUCAAGGAUACCAAUGAUCAUACUCCUGUUUUCAAGGAUAGCCAUGAUCAUACUCCUGUUUUCAAGGAUACCAAUAAUCAUACUCCUGUUUUCAAGGAUACCAAUGAUCAUACUCCUGUUUUCAAGGAUACCAAUAAUCAUACUCCUGUUUUCAAGGAUACCAAUGAUCAUACUCCUGUUUUCAAGGAUACCAAUGAUUAUACUCUUGUUAUCAAGGACACCCACGAUCUUUGA